UCCACGCGCAUCAUCAUCGGUCUAGUGGAUACCGCCGCCUUUAACGGAAAAUUGAAGGCGAACCCGUUCAACUUUAAAACACACAACCUGUCCUUUCUUUGUCUGUACAUGGAUGGACGUCAAGUGCCUGCCAAACCGCUGAUGCCCGACUUUGAAAAUCAACACCACGUCAGAGCUUAUCAUGGGAUGAUGACGGCUACCGGUCAUACAGGACGAGAUUCGGGCAAUCACAUCGGUUACAGGGACUUUGCGCUGGGCUACACCCUCUACGCGUUUGACUUGUCACCCAGUUUGGUGGACGGAGACCAGUUUGAGCUGGUCAAGAGCGGUGCGCUGCGACUGGAGCUAAAAUUUAGCGACACCUUACCCAACCCUGUUCAUGUGAUUGUCUUUGGUGAACUCGACAGCAUGAUUGAAAUUGACCGCAGUCGUCAGGUGCUGACAGAUUUUUCAGCAUGAACACACGUGAGAUUGCAGCCAUCUUAGGCUCGGACAUUCAUGCUAGACGAGUGUUUAAAGGUGUGUACCCUAGAAACAAAUUGCCAACUCACCUCUCUCCUCGCCGUCCAAGUGCCUUCAUCAUCAACACCGACACAGCCUCUAAAAGGGAGAAC